GAGUUUUGUCACAAAUGAGCAAUGCACCCAUCAUCCUUAACUUGGAUUGUGACAUGUACUCGAACGAUCCGGAUGCGAUACAAGAAGCGUUGUGCUUCUUCAUGGACGAAAAUCAAGUACAGAGAUAGCCUACGUUUCGGUAUCCUCAACGUUAUAAUAACGCAACCAAGAAUGAUAUUUACGGAAAUGUGGCUCGAGUUACUCAUGAGAUUGAACUUGCUGGAAUAGGAGGUUAUGGAGCUGCUCUGUAUUGUGGCACUGGAUGUUUUCACAGAAGGGAAAGUCUUUGUGGCGUAAAAAAUUCUACGAGGAUCAAACUGUCGAAUGGAAUAACAAGGAAGAAAAAUCCACCUAUAAAGCCCCCGUGGAAGAAAUACGAGAAGCAUCAAAAGUUGUUGCAAUCGUAGCUAUGAAGAGGGAACUCAAUGGGGAAAACAAUGGGGUUGUUGUAUGGGUGUCCUGUGGAAGAUAUAAUCACAGGAUUAACAAUCCAAUGCAGAGGAUGGAAAUCAGUAUACUGUAAUCCAAGUAAACAUGCAUUUUUGGGUGUAGCUCCAACAAUCAUAGAUGUUGCUCUUGUUCAACAUAAAAGAUGGUCAGAAGGCUUGUUCCAGAUUUUCGUAUCCAAAUAUUGCCCCUUCAUAUAUGGCCACGGCAAAAUCAAAUUGGGUGCCCAAAUGGGAUACUGCAUUUACCUUCUCUGGGCCCCUAUAUCUGUUGCCACACUGAUUUAUCUGUUGGUCCCUUCUCUUUGUCUGCUUCAUGGCAUCUCCCUAUUUCCAGAGGUCUGACGUUUUUCAUGGGUAAUCACUAUAUACCACGUUGAAUCGUGUGACAAUCUUAUCUAAAAGUGUAAAUUAUUAUGUAGAACAUAUUUUACUUAAUUAUGUCUUCACCACUUCUUAUGUCGC